AUGUCGGCACAAAAGAAGCUCAAGCUCAGCCUCGAGCACGACCCCAACUAUCCUUCAGCCAACCCCCAGACCUCUUCCUGCACAGACGACCGCGCAACCCGCCACGCAGCCCGCCGCUCAGCCCAUAUUGCAGCCCGCCGAUCUGCGAGAGAAGACUUUGAUCCGCCAUUUAACGUUGACGAGGACGCAGACGACUUCGACUCGGGCGAGGACAGCGAGGACAGCGACGAUAGCGAGGACAGCGACGACAAAGAGGACACUCGCCAACGCGAAGAGGUUAUUAUUGACUGCGAGGACUCCCUCACAAAACGCAACACAUAUAACAAUAGCGGUUACGAGACUGCCGAAGGACUACAGGUCGCGAUUGACCACUCCAGCCACCUUCGACGCUUUGGCGACAGCCUGCUGGCCCGCGCACGUCUAAAGAAACGAGGCUCUCUGGCCGGCCGAGACGCGCCAUCAGAGCCUGUAGGCGCUGAAGAGUAG